AUGGAUACCCAUUUGUUCAAGGCCGCAGUUGAAGGCAACGUCGAACCCUUCAGGGACAGCCCUAAAAAUCUUGAAGAAGUAGUAACAAAGUUAGAAGACACCAUUCUGCAUGUCAACAUCAAGUACCAAAAUGAAGCAAUGGCGUCCACCAUAUUCGUUGAUCAAAUACUCACCAUAUGCCCAUCACUCUUGUUGCAAUUCAACGCCAAUGGCGAUACUCCCCUUCAUGUUGCCGCAAAAUGCCGGCACUCGGCUAUGGUGAAAAGUCUUUUUCAGCAUUCAAGGGCUCAACGUGGAACCUCACAGAGUGGCGGGUUGAAUCCUGUGUGGGAGAUGCUGAAGAUGGCUAACAAUGAAAAAAACGCAGCUUUGCAUGAGGCAGUGCAGUAUGGAAGCUUAGAAGUGCAAGAGGAUAUCCGGAGAUGGUGGUUGCAAUAUUAGGAAGCUGCAGAGCGGCGGCCCACGGA